GCUUGGGAGACCAGCGUGCACAGGCCCUACCAUGUCGCCUCGGCCUUUGCUGGAGCAGGGGACGUUGUGUGGCGGCAGUCGCUCCGCUCGGAGGCUGCAGUGGCCAAUUCGCAGGUGUCUUGCAGCAUGCAAUGGGGCCUCCGCGAAUUCUUCGGAACCAUCUGCCUCGAAACGCCCAAGGAACGCUGCAAGCACUUGGGCUUCCCGCCGCAGAUUGCCUACGUCUGCCUCAACAUGUAUGCAGGACCGCGUUUUAUCAUGUUGGGCACGAUG